AUGAGGGGGCUCUUGAAGCUUACUGGUGCCGCAUGCGUGUUGGGCCAGCUGGCAGACGCGGCCAUCAAAGUCAAUUUUGACCAAGACCAGUCCAUCAAGGAUGGCGCGAGCACGAUUGCAUUUGGUCUACUGAAGUACUACACGGGGAACAACACGGGUGAUGUGCCAGGAAAUCUGCCGGACCCCUACUUUUGGUGGGAAGCCGGAGCCUUGUUUGGCACAAUGGUGGACUACUGGUUAUUGACAGGGGACACAACAUACAACGGCGUGACGACACAGGCGCUACUUCACCAGGCCGGCGACGACGCCGAUUUCAUGCCGAGGAAUCAGACGAGAACGGAGGGCAAUGACGACCAGGGCUUCUGGGCGAUGGCAGCGAUGAGCGCGGCUGAGAACAACUUCCCAAAUCCGCCGAAAGACAAGCCUCAGUGGCUGGCGCUCGCCCAGGCCACGUUCAACCAAUACGUCAGCCGCUGGGACAUGGAAACGUGCGGGGGAGGCCUGCGGUGGCAGAUUUUCACCUUCAACAACGGGUUCAACUACAAGAACUCCAUCUCGAACGGGUGCUUCUUCAACCUCGCGGCGCGGCUGGCGCGGUUCACUGGCAACCAGACGUACGCAGACUGGGCGGAAAGAGUGUGGGACUGGGAGACCAGCGUCGGCCUGAUCACGCCUGACUUCAGAAUCUACGACGGCGCCACGGUCGACGAUGGGAAGAACUGCAAGAACCUUGACACCAUCCAGUGGUCCUACAACGCCGGAAUAUUUCUGCAUGGCGCCGCGACCAUGUACAACUUGACGCAGGACAAGAAAUGGCUCACCCGCACCGAGGGCGUUCUCACCGAGGCAACGGGGCUUUUCUUCAACAACAGCGCCAUGGCCGAGCAGGCCUGCGAGCCCUUCAAACUUUGUGACAAUGACCAGCAGAGUUUCAAGGGCUACCUGAUACGGUGGAUGGCGGGGACGGCACAGGUGGUGCCGGACCUGUUCGACCGCAUCAUGGGCCUCCUCAGGCCCAACGCCGAAGCGGCCAUCGCGGCAUGCAACGGGUCCCCCGCGUCGGGUUACAACGGCCCUGCUGGAACGGCCUGCGGCUUUCAGUGGACGCCCAAGGGCAUCUUUGACGGCAUGGUCGGGGUCGGCGCGCAGAUGAACGCACUUGACGCCGCCAUGUACAUGCUGGUGAAGAAGGCCGACGUCAAGACGGCGCCAGUGACUGCCAACACGGGGGGCACGUCCGUCGGCGACGCCAAUGCCGGCAUGAGCGGACAGCCCAAGAUACUUACGCUGUCACCGAUCGAGACCAAGGAUAGGGUGGCUGCCGGCUUUGCCACGACGGCAGUCACCCUCAGCAUCGUGGCGGGGUGUGUGUUUCUUAUUAAGUGA